GUGCCACUACAACCAACGUAUCGUAUGGAACCCACCACCUACUUUGUUACGUCUGAAGCUUACAAAAUCAUCAAGAACGUUUUAGAGAAGCACCUUGAUGGUUUCCAAUACAACAGUAAAUGCUGUCAAACAAUGACAACUUUACUUAGUGAUGAUAUAAAGGAUCAAGUGAGACAUUUAAACUUUGGACGAUACAAGGUAGUUGUUACUGUUUUUAUUGGUGAAAGAAAGGAACAAGGAGUUAUGGUCGCUAGUCGAUGUGCCUGGGAUGUAAAAACCGAUACCUUUGCCACCUAUACUUUUAAAAACCCGUCAUUAUUUUGUACAGCUUCGGUUUAUGGAGUUUAUUUGGAG